UUAUUGUUAGAGAUUACUUGUUUAAGCUUACUUCCUCUGUAUUAUGUCUUAAACACAAGCCAUUACCUUAUCAGCGUAGGGAUGCCGCACUUUCCACCUCGAUGUCUUCAUCCCCUGAAGUAAUAUUUGUUGAUUUUACAAGCUUUGAAAAUAUGCCUAAUCUAACAAACCCGGUGUCUUCUUUGCGACCUCAACCAAGGCUGGGUGCCAAGUGGUUGAAGACUGACAUACAGACUGCAUUCUUGCCUGAUGGUCUUAAAAAACUAUGGAAUGAACUCGUUAAAGAUGGAGAAAUUGUGAGGAAGGUAUCAGAUAUAAAGAUGAACAGCGAUGGCAUUCCUGCUCAGAAAGGAUCAACAGGAAAAUUUUAUUGUGGUCUCCAUAUUCUUAAAUGUACUUGCUGUGAGGGUCAGUGCGGUCCUGACAAGGGCUGUAACUGUGAGCCUUGCCAGAAAUUGGACCAGGAAGACAGGGAACAAACAGAAGAGGAGGAGAGAGCCCCUUCUACAGCAGGUCCCCUGAUGGACUCUUGGACAUGGGGAGAACAGCCAAGUACCGAACAAUUAAAAGAAGUACUACAAGGACUUGUCUUUGAACAAAGGGAACUUGCAAGCCAAGCUGCAGGAACAACAUUGUCAGCAAUGAGACUUCAGCAGCGUUUAGCUGUGUUAGGACGUUAUUUCAUUGCUCUUUCAAGGGAGCAAGAGUCUAAUGCAUUUAAGACAAGUUGUAAAAAGAGCAUGAAGAUGGAGAGACAAGACACUGGUAAAAAGAGGAGGAAACGUGGCAGUGCUGAUACAGAACAGGCUUCCCUGGGCUUAGCUAGAAUUGGUGCCAGGGCAGCUUUGUCAUUCGCAUUUGCUUUUCUGCGUCGUGCCUGGCGAUCGGGAGAAGAGGCAGACUUGUGUCGUGAGCUUCUUGAUGAAGCACUAGAAGCUUUACAGUGUCUUCCAGAAGCAACUUUGUUUGAUGAAGCUUCAGUAUCUCCUGUUUGGUUAGAAGUGGUUGAGCGUGCAACAAAGUUUUUAAGAUCAGUUGUGGCAGGGAAAGGAAACGAAGACAGAGUGUAUUGCAAACCUCUUGAUUCUGUUCCAGUAUCUGAUCAACAUGUGGCUUUGGGAAUCCUAUUAGAACUUGGUGUACAGAGAGGCACUCUUCAGCACAUGUUGGAAGUCAUCUUGUUGAUGCUGGAGCUGUGGGAUAGUGGACAAGAUAACGACACAGACUCUUGUUUCACAUCAGCUCCAUUAAUUCAUUUAUUGAGAAGGUUUGAGGAAGUAACAGGUGCUUCGCAUAAGGCACUGGAACCAAACAAGUUGGCAGAAGAGACUCCAAGUGUUGGCCUUGUUCAGGAAGUUUUGGGAUGGGGCUGGCUGUCAUGGGGAAAUGCUGGUCAUACUUUGGGUCCUACAACCUUGGGUAGCCUUGUGGAAAUUGGAAUAGCUCACAUCUGUUGUGCUGAGAAGUGUUUUCUUGCAGUUACCAAAACUGGCAAGGUUUACACUUGUCUGUACACUACAGAGGGACAGGGUCCAGUGCUUAUUGAAUCCUUGGCACAAAAGUGCGAAAUAAUCAAAGUUGCCACAAAUCCAGAAUGUAAACAUUUUAUGGCUCUGAGCCGAGAGGGUGAGGUAUACUCCUGGGGAUCUGGGGACGGUGGCAAGUUGGGACAUGGAGACAACAAUUUCUAUGAUGAACCAACCCUGAUCACUGGUCUUGCUGGCAAGCAAGUUAUUCAGAUUGCGUGUGGUAGUAGUCACAGUGCUGCUGUAACAUCUGAAGGAGAGCUCUACACUUGGGGCCGAGGCAACUAUGGAAGGCUAGGACACGGCAGUAGCGAGGACCACCUUGUUCCUGUGUUGGUUAAUGGUUUACGUGGAUUUCACAUCAUAGAUGUUGCCUGUGGAAGUGGUGAUGCACACAGCUUAGCAGUAGCUGAUGAUGGCACUGUGUGGUCCUGGGGAGAUGGAGACUAUGGCAAACUUGGUCAUGGAGGAAGUGAUAGUUACAAAGCUCCUAAAGUUAUAGACAGAUUACAGAGUCUGGGUGUCAUGCGCAUAUUCUGUGGAUCACAGUUUUCAGUAGCACUCACAAGAGAUGGACAGCUGUUGGCUUGGGGCAAAGGGGAUGGAAGUCGUCUUGGUCAUGUAUCAGAGGAUCAUGUGCGCUAUCCCAAAGUCAUCGAAGCAUUCUGUGGAAAGAAGAUAAUCGACUUUGCUGUUGGCUCAGUCCACUGCCUGGCGGUGACGGAAGAUGGUGAAGUGUACAGCUGGGGGUGGAAUGAACAGGGACAGCUAGGUGACACCUCCUGCACGAACAAAGCUGAGCCCACUCUUAUAUCAUCCUUAGCAGGCAAGGAGAUCUCUGGGGUGGCUUGUGGUCCUGCACAGAGUUUUGCUUGGUCAUCUGCCGGACACUGGAAUGUGGGGCUACGCCUUCCUUUUUGCCUGGAUGUCUGUAAGAAGACAUUUGAGUACCUUGAUGCACUGUUAAGACGUGUUAGUGAAGACCUGACAGGAGCCCUCGACUGGCCCCCUCCCCCACAGGAGAAAGAAUGCAUUGCAGUUGCAACAUUGAACCUAUUGAGACUUCAGCUUCAUGCAGCCAUCACGGGAAAUGUAGAUGCUGAUGAUUUAGGGUUGGGAGUCGGGAGUAAGCUGUUGCAGUCACUGAAACAACAAGUGGUGUCACUGGCCAGCAACAAAGGAGUGCUCAAGACUGUACAGUCAGCAGCUCAAGGUGCACUGAGCAAUGGAUGGGUUCUGUUGUUGCCCACGCCCGAGGAAAGAGCAAGGGCUUUGACAGAGCUCUUGAUUGAAACCUGCGACAAGGCGACCUCUUCACCAGCUGGGAAGAAGUUCAUGUCGAAUCUUUUAAUCAAGAGUUUGAUGGCAGAGGGGAGUCUGGAGUCGGCCUUGGAGACAGCCAUAGACAAUGAAAUUAAAGGAGGCGCUGGAGAGAAUGACAAAGAGAAAACAACAGAAAGCAAAGAUAAAAUCGCUGAUGUCCCUCUUCUUCAUCUCACCCAGCAUCUUCUAAAGACAUCAUCAGCACAGGUGUUGGGCGAAUUUCAGCAGUUGUUUCUAAAGCCACCAAAGUUACAGUGGCCUUACACUCCUCCGCCCCGACCCAUGACAGUAGAGUUACUACUCAAGUUACAAAGGCUUCUUAUCGGGAGCUUUUUCUUGUAUCAUGAAGAUGAACGACCGUGGUAUUUGGUGAAAGGUGAAGAAAGAGCUCUCAGUACCAAGCAACAAGGUGCGGCAUUGCUGCUGCAUAAGUAUGCCACCUUGCUUUGUUCCCAUGCUGGUGAGAUCCUUCCAGUAGCCUCCUCCCUGGCAUCCAACGGUCCGCGCCAUUUCGUGGUCUCCUCCCAAAUUGUCCAACGAGAGAUGACGGGAGUUUUACUGCCUGAAUUUUUGACGUCGAUGGUUCUUCUACAAACUAGCAUGCCAAGUGUUAUGGACUCGUCCAGAACUGUGCCACUGGUAAGCAGUCUGUUGGACUUGUUAGACAAGUUUAACCGGCUCGCUCCUGGUGUACAGAAAGAGGACGAGGAGGACCUAGCCUGGCCGGGUGGGAUAGGCAGUCCCACUCCAGCCCGACGGAAAGCCGAUGGUGAAGUCACUUUUAUUCGGCCCGAGGAUCUGGAAAAUCAUAAUAAAGAUGGUGGACUAUGGGUUGUUAUUCAUGGGAAAGUUUAUGAUCUUCAAGAUUUCAAGGAUCAGGCACCCUGUGGAAAAGAACUGCUACAGUCUUACGCAGCUGCUGAUGCAACUCAAAUAUUUGAGGAGACUAAACAUUCGGUCGAGGCAAGGGAAAUGAUGCAGGCAUUCUUUGUUGGUAUUUUUGUAGAGCCUGAUCAGGAGCUAGCUCUGGACAGUGCGUUGUCAGUGUCGUCUCCAUUGAUUGAUUGUGAGCGCACGUUGGGUCUUUUGCUGGGGCUGUACGCCUGUCAUCUGGCACACAGCACUCCUGUAAGUGUAGAAGAAGAGGAAAAUGAGAGAUGGCUGGCCUCUGAUUUCUUCUCGGGUGGAAUGGCGGCAUCAGCUGAACCAGUUGGCAAUGUUGGAAGAAAAGAAAAGGAGUCUUCAGAAGACAAGCAGGAACCUUUUACACGUCAGAUAUCAAACAGUGAUCCGGCCAAACCUUUCCUGCAGUCUCUCACUUCCAGCAAAUUAGAAGAUGGAACAGCUUUGAAAUUCCUUGCUGCCGUUGAACGGUUUUGUAAACAGAAGCGUUUUAUUCUGCCAGUUGAAUUCCCAGCUGAUCACCCGGUAGAGAAGGUGGGAAGGAUGAUGAUGGCUUGCCUCUUAAAACACCAAGAGCUUGGGAAUGCAGCUUUAAGUAUCGUGGAGGGUGAGGGUUCGUCUCCGCCUUCACCUCACUCAUCAUCAGCUCAAGAGAUAACAGCCUCAGGUCCUCCACAGAGCUCAUCCACACACUCACCUGUUGUUUCAGUACCAAGACCUGUUGCUGAAGUCCUUAAAAUUGUGUAUCAGACCAAGUGCGCGCUUGUUAGGGCAAGACAAGAAUCUUCUCGUUCCUAUGAGGAAGUCUGCUCCCCCGCCCUGGAGAGAUGCCAGUUCAUUUUCACUGAUCUACACCCAGCUAUGUCCAGUGAGGUGUCCACACUGUCUCGUCUCAGGAUACGGAACACCCGGCCUCGGUGGGCCAAGAUUGUGCAACAAAUGAUAAAAGAAAAAAAGUCGGAGGGAAAAGAAGAGCCUGUUGAGAGAGAAGGCGCAGACGUUGUCCGUUCAGAUGUAGAACAAUCCGAAGAAAAAGCUUUGAAGGAGAAGGAGAAUUUAGAACAGAAGGCAAAGCAGAAAAUUGAUCACACCGCUCUAAAUACGUCGCUGACUACUGCGCGGAAGGUGAAGUGGCUCCGUGAGCGGAUAAUUGGUUCGUCUACGGAGACAUUGUUAAUGAACCGCAUAAAGGAGUUUAUUCUUCACGAUGAGCCAAUAGAUGUGGAGAAGCUGCGCAAAUGUCUUCACAGACAGAUGGAGAGGGGCCAGCGCAGAUUGGAAGGAGCAGAAACUCUGUUGUCACUUGUAUCCAAGGAAUAUUUCAUCCCAUCUGUUCGAUACUCAAUCUUGUGUGGAUGGCAAGGUCUCCUGUCCACUCACACACAAGCGGACAAUGCUGUUCCCCACUGUUUAGUUGAUGUCGGUCUUAUCCCGCCAUAUCAUCGCGUCAUUCUAGAAACAGCUUUCCGUAGAAUCAGCAGUUGGGCUGUCAACACUUUACGGGAAGCGAUCAUCUAUGCCAAUGAUACCUUUAAGAGAGCUGAAACAAGUCCUAACACUACCCCAGACGAUUUUCACGGCGGUCUUUCUUUAGGUGCCCUACCUGUGGCACGGUUUCUUCUGGCAACCUUGGGUAUCCUUACUGCAGAACACAACGCGAGUGACAUGAGUCUAAUAUUGAACUCAGGUGCUGUUGGUCUAGCACAAACCAUCAUGCGCCUAGCAGGGCCCUGUGAGGCUACCGAAGAAGAGGACGCCAGCGUGGCUGCCAUCAUUGAUGAGGCGAAGGCAGCAAAGAAGGCCCCCAUCAUACCCAUGACAGGACCGGAUAUGGCGAAGAGAAUGAAGAUAGGAAUCAGGGUGGUGCGAGGCCCAGAUUGGAAGUGGGGUGAUCAGGAUGGGCCUCCACCAAGCGAAGGCCGUGUUAUAGGGGAGCUUGGAGAGGAUGGCUGGGUGCGCAUUCAGUGGGACACAGGUAGUACCAAUUCCUACCGGAUGGGAAAAGAAGGAAAGUAUGACUUGAAGCUAGCAGGGCCCCCUCCUGUCCCAGAGAGCAGCGAAGAAGAGGAAGAGGACAUGAAAGAUGAUUCAAAGAAAGAGAAGACAGAAAUCCAGUCCACCCACCCAACUGCUUUGAUUCGCCACUCGUGUGUUUGUUUGUUACAAGCCCUAGCAAUAGGCUGUGGUCUCCAUGCUAAUAACUUACAGAUCGAGAGUGUCAGAACGGUCAGCAGUCUUCUGCAUAAUCUCCUGGACGCAGGUACAAGCACAGGCACACCAACAAGUGGUCAAAGUGAUGGCCUUGUGGUUGCGCAGCAGCACAGAGAUUGGGCCAAGCUUGGUUUUAUACGGGGUAUUGCAGCCUCUCCUGUCAUGUGCUGUUCCCUCAGUACCCCCCAGUGGGUGUCUCUCCUCCUAAGAGUAGUGAAGGGAUCGCUGCCAGAUGGCGACCUACUGCCUUCUAAUGUGUCUGCUGCUCUUCUGCCCCGUCAGAUUUUGGCUUUGCGUUUGUUAAGAGCUGUUUUACCCUCGUGGGAUGUGGCAAAGGCAUCUUGCAGAAUGUCAGAAGUGGUGGCUAGACUUUUCGCUCUACUUGGAAAGGUUUUGAUGACUUGCCAUGGAAGUCUACCAGUCCAAACGCCAACUGGAGAGAAAAGUCGUCGAAGUAGACGCAAGCCAAGAAUCCCAGCAUCGGUAUCCGCCACUUACAGCAGCACUGUUGCAGAGGAGUUACUCGCCCUUCUACGCAAACUUCAUACUCUAGAGGCCUGGAAUCCACUCGUCAACGAGUUCAUAAGCGCUCAGUUGAAGAGUAUUGUUACUAUGGUAACGUUGGCUGAGCCAGUUAAAGAAGAUGGAGAAACGCAGGCACAAGAGGGAUCUUCACAACAGGCUGUAGACCAGGGCCCAGUAAUGGCCGUGCUAGCGGUUAUUGGUGGCGUGGAUAGUAGGCCCAGACUGGGAGGACUAGUACAUCACAAGGAGUGGGGACUAGGAACAGUGUGUAAGAUUGCUCCGAAUGGAAAAGUGACCCUACAAUGUGAAGACCAACAGAAAGCAAGAAUAUGCUCAAUAUCACAAGUCAAACCGGUACCAGUCGUUUCAUUUUCAGUGGAUAAUCUUCCAAUGUCGGAUGCAGCUCUGGGGAUCUGGGCUUCACUUGUCCGACUGGCGGGCACUGGGAAAAAGACCACUGUUACGGACCAAGAAAACUUUGAGCUGCCAGCAGUACCAGGGGAGGAGGGAGUGGGGACGGCAAGAUGUCCUCCAGUUAGACCACUACUAUCUCCUAAAACAGGAGGCGAAGAAGUGGACACAUCACUGCUUAGGCAACAACAGAUAACCCUUGGACUCCUCAAAGCAGCUCGUGUGUUGUGCAGCAGACAAGAUAACCUGAGACAGAUCCUUAACCAUCAGGCGAGCAGUUCUGACGGUAGUAGCACGUUCUCCUUACAGCACUUGAUGUGUUCAGCCAUUAAACCUUCACCUGUGAAGGCGCUCUUCAACCGGGAAGAGUUAGAGGCCGCUGCUCUCGCUGCUUGUCAAUUCCUCGCUAACGAAGCCACCCGUCCAGCCGAGCCUCCAAAUCCGGCCACGCCAGAACAUUUAGAGCGGCCUGAGCAGGAAAAACGUCAGUCCCAAACCACCUCUAAGAAACCUUCCAAGACAAAACAUCUUCAAAAAAAGAAGACUCGCACACGAAGACCAACCCCACCCCCCAUGCCAGCUGCACUGUUAGUCCAGCAGCUAGUGGAAAUGGGAUUUCCUAGGAAUAGGACAGAGUAUGCGUUGAAAGAGCUUGGGGACGAAGAGGAACCUCGGGCCGAAUUGGUUGUGGCUUGGCUAAUCGAUCAUCCUGAUAUUGAGGUGCCAGAAGGUGAAACACGACGUGUUGUGCCCCCAGAGUUGUCAUCCAGCGAGGGAUCUUCUGACGUGGAUGAUGACGAUAGCGAUGUGGUGACCAGUUCCGAUUCUGAGAGCAGCUCAAGUGAUGGGGAGGCUAUUGCUGUACCUACUGAUUUCAAGAGGCGCAGUGAUUUCACUGCCAAUGAUGAUUACGCAAGGUACGUGCGAGAUAACAUCCAGGUUGGUAUGAUGGUUCGAUGCUGCAGAACAUACGAGGAGGUCCACGAGGGCGACGUUGGUCGGGUCAUCAAGCUUGAUCGUGAUGGGCUCCACGAUCUGAACGUACAAGGAGACUGGCAGAAAAAGAAUGGUACCUACUGGGUCAGAUACGUGCACGUGGAGCUGUUAGGUCACGACUCCUUUGCCCGACGUGAAAUGAUCAAAGUGGGUGACAGGGUACGUGUAAAACCCUCGGUGACCACGCCUAAGUACAAAUGGGGAUCCGUAAACCACGGAAGUGUAGGAACAGUGGUGUCAAUCAGUCCGAAUGGGAAAGAUGUCAAGGUGGACUUUCCUCAACAAACCAACUGGACUGGACUGAUUUCUGAGAUGGAGGUGGUACCUGCUACUCAUCCUCGCACCAGGUGCGAUGGCUGCCACAUGGAACCCAUUGAAGGUCCUCGCUUUAAAUGUAAGACCUGUCCAAACUUUAACUACUGCGAGACAUGCUUCAGAUUACGCCGCAGCCACCGACACUCAUUCCACCGCUUUGAAGAACCAAACAGCAUCCCGGUGAAUGCUGGGAAGUCUGGCCGAGGAAAAAAGAAAAUUUUGUCCGGUGGCUUGGGAGGACCAGAGCACAUAGUCAAAGAAUGGGACCGAGUGGUGAAAAGUCUCAUGGUAUCGUCACGGGAGACUCACGCUGGACGACUGAUUGACGGCACGGAAUCCUAUUGGCAAUCUGCAGGGUCGCAGGGAAAGCACUGGAUAAGAAUCGAGUUGUAUCCAGAUCUGCUAAUCCAACGGUUGGCCAUGACAGUGGAUCCUUCAGACAGUAGCUACAUGCCGUCCGUGGUGGUUAUAUCAGCAGGCGACAGCAUUCAGUCCUUGAAAGAAAUUAAGACUGUGCACAUCAGUGCUACUGAGUCACAGUGUACUUUGCUGGAAGAUGUCCAAAGGGAAUAUCGUUUUCUAGAAAUCGGCAUUAGGCAGUGCAAGAGUAGCGGUAUCGAUUGCAAGAUCCACGGCAUCAGCCUGACGGCUCGCACCAAGACAGACGAAGACGAUAUAGCGGCCAGCUUUUCAUUUCUGGCGUUGGACGAGGAGGACGAAGCAGCCAGACAAAGGAGAGCGCUCAGAAGAAAGCCGACGACAACUGAGUCUACCCCCGAGGGGCAAGUCAAUGUGUUCGUUUGGGGUCUUAAUGAUAAAGAUCAGCUAGGAGGGCUGAAGGGUUCCAAGAUAAAAAUACCAAUGCUUUCCGAUGUGUUGUCUGCUCUCAAAGUUCAACAAUUAAGCGGAGGCUAGAAGAGUUUAUUCGCUGUCACUCUAGAAGGAAGAGUGUUUGCGUGCGGUGAAUCCACCAACGGUCGCCUGGGGCUGGGCCCCAUUACGGGUAACGUGUUAGUGCCACGCCAGAUUGAGGGCCUAAGCCAGUUUGUUGUGAAGAAGGUAUCAGUGCAUUCUGGGGGUCGUCAUGCCAUGGCCAUCACCAUUGAGGGCAAGCUGUUCUCUUGGGGUGAAGGAGAGGAUGGGAAGCUAGGACAUGGAAACAAAAUGAACUUCGACCGUCCACAACUAGUCGAAACCCUUAAAACCAAGUCUGUUCAGGAAAUCUCUUGCGGAAGCUCACACAGUGCAGCAGUCUUGUCCACUGGGGAGCUCUACACCUGGGGUCUGGGCGAGUACGGACGGCUGGGGCAUGGAGACAACCAGAUGCAACUCAGACCCAAACAAGUACGUGCUUUGUCCGGAAGUCGUGCGGUAGACGUCGCCUGUGGCAGUCGUGAUGCCCAGACCCUCGCACUCACGGACGAUGGUUGUGUUUGGUCGUGGGGAGAUGGUGACUUUGGAAAGCUGGGAAGAGGUGGGAGUGAGGGUUGCAGUGUACCACAUAUGGUGGAGAGGCUCAAAGGCCAAGGGGUGUGUAAGGUGUUAUGUGGAGCCCAGUUCUCUCUCGCUCUUACAAAACUGGGCCAAGUAUGGACCUGGGGUAAAGGAGACUAUUUUCGCCUGGGGCACGGGAAUGACUCUCAUAUUCGGAAGCCUCAGGUUGUCGAGGGACUCAAAGGUCACAAAGUGGUAGAUGUAGCUGUAGGAGCGUUACAUUGCUUAGCCGUGACGGAGAAAGGCAAGGUUUUCGCUUGGGGGGACAACGACCAUGGCCAACAGGGUAAUGGCACUACCACAGUCAAUCGCCGCCCUCAGUUAGUUCAGGGUCUGGAAGAAUUCAAAAUUACUCGUGUAGCUUGUGGCUCCUCGCACAGCAUGGCCUGGGCCGAAUCGGACUUCCCGGCACCAGUAGCGCACGAACCUGUGAUGUUCCCCGCAUCCCGUGAUCCACUGGGGGCGUCAAAUAUUGGUCCAGAAUCUCAGGAGCAGAGUAUUUCCGCAGAAGCCGAAAGUAACGAGUACGGGGAGCACAGGCAUAGACCUUCUUUAGCAAAAAUCGUGCUUUCACUCAAUUCAAAUUAUGAACGACAGCAAGCUUUAGGCCACAUCUUAACUGCUCUCCAAAUAAUUUACUCACGUGAUGCGGUGAUACGGGCCCUUUUGGAUCCUCGUUCUCUUAUUCGUGGGAACACCACGUCGGUAGAGGCGGAAGAUGAAGAAGCGGUAUCCCUGGCUUCCGUUUCGGAAGUAUCUAUCGACGACGUUGCGUUGCCUGAAGCAGCAAGUGGAAGUGUUUCUCGAACGUCUUUUAUCGAAGAUAUUGGUGAAUUCACUAGCAGUUUGGGACAUGAUGACUCCCGACUUCUUGUGGAGCUGCUGAAGCUUGCUGUUGCAGAUAGAGCUGGUGAAAAUGGCAAGGAAGUGUUGUCAGGGGUGCUUAGAGUGUUGGCUCAAACCAAACCAGAAAUAGCGUCCACGCUUCUGGAGCUAUGUAUCUCUGAACUCGAAGACGUAGCUACGGACAACAGCAGUGUCCACAGUGGCUUCCAACCGGUGUUACAAGAGAGUAGUCAUCCGUAUACUGACGAUACUAAUACCACAGGAGUGGUCAAGAUACCAGGAGCAGAGGGCCUUAGGGUGGAGUUUGACAAACAGUGUUCUACAGAGAGAAGGCAUGAUCCCUUGACCAUCAUGGAUAGUACUGGUCGGGUAGUCUCGGUUCGUUCUGGACGCGAGUGGUCUGAUUGGUCGAGUGAGUUACGCAUGAGUGGCGACGAGCUCCGUUGGAAAUUUAUGAGUGACAGCUCUGUGAAUGGAUGGGGCUGGAGGUUUACGGUGUACCCAAUCCCCCCGGCCGCAGCGCCUUGUGACGUGUUAUCAGACAGAGCGCUACAGUCUAGACCGUCUAUAGACUUGGUGCGCUGUCUCCUGGACUUCAAACUAGAAACACUUGGUGAAAAAGCUCAAAUCCCUCGCCUGGCCGCAUCGUUAUCCGCAUGCGCUCAGCUGAACACUCUCUCUGCCGGUCAAAGAACGUGGGCUCUGCAUCGCUUAAGAAGACUUCUGACGUCAGAAGUAGGUCCGGUCAUUGAUGUUCCCGCCCUCUUUGGUUACAAUCUGAUGUACGACCAACCUAUUGUUCAAAUGAAGAAUACUGGUAACCAGCGAAUGGGCGCGGGAAUUGCCUCGUCGGCUUUAGGAAAGCUUGUUCGAGGUCUUCCAGACACUUUAAGAAGACAGUAUGAAUACGAAGAACCGCUUGUGCGCGGAGGAAAGCACCUUUUUCACAGCGACUUCUUUAAAGUUCUUGUGGCCUUUGCGUGUGACCUUGCUCUGGACUUUUUACCAUGUUGCGCCGAUGGGCACGAGUGGGCCUGGUUCCGACGCUUUUGUAUGGCGUCACGGGUUGCGUCGUCAUUAGAAUCCAGGUCGCCUUUACCGUAUGACUUCUUGACGGAAGUGAGGGAGAAAAUAACAGAAAUGGUGCUAGAAACUCAAGAUUGUACAGUAGAGUACCAUGAUCACAAGGUGUUCAAAAAGGAACAUGACGAACAGUUACUCCUCUGGCUCAAUCAACGACCAUCUGAUUGGACGGUUACAUGGGGCGGUAGUGGAACUAUUUACGGUUGGGGUCAUAACCACCGCGGACAGCUAGGUGGUAUUGAAGGUGGCAAAGUCAAGUUCCCACAGCCAUGUGAAGCACUCAGUGCCAUCCGACCUGUGCAGAUUGUUGGAGGUGAACAGACUCUGUUUGCUGUGACAGCAGAGGGAAAGGUUUAUGCCACAGGAUACGGUCAUGGUGGGCGUCUUGGCCUCGGUGGAACAGAAACAGUGACGUCAGUGCGACUCAUCGAAUCACUCCAGCACGUGGCCAUCAAAAAGAUUGCUGUGCAUUCUGGGGGGAAACACGCAAUGGUUCUUUCCUUGGAGGGUGACGUGUACUCGUGGGGAGAAGGGGACGACGGAAAACUUGGACAUGGAAACAGGAAUUCAUGUGAUCGCCCUCGAGUCAUAGAAGCCCUGCGUGGUAAAUCUAUCGUUGACAUCUCGUGCGGUGGCUCACACAGCGCCUGCAUCACAACCACUGGAGAGCUGUACACCUGGGGCAAGGGACGUUACGGACGGCUUGGUCAUGGUGACAGCGACGAUCAGCUGCUACCGAAACUGGUGGAAGCGUUACGUGGACAACGUGUCAUAGACGUAGCAUGCGGAAGCGGUGAUGCGCAGACACUGUGUCUUACUGACAACGAUUGUGUGUGGUCCUGGGGUGACGGAGAUUAUGGAAAGCUAGGCCGAGGAGGAAGUGACGGCUGUAAGAUCCCUAUGAAGGUAGAGGCGCUGAUGCGAGCUGGCGUGUGUAAAGUUGAUUGUGGAUCACAAUUCUCUGUAGCUCUGACCAAGUCUGGUGCUGUCUACACAUGGGGUAAAGGUGACUACUACCGCCUUGGACACGGUUCAGAUGAUCACGUGAGACGUCCUAAGAGGGUAGCAGCCUUGCAAAACAAGAAAGUGGUUGCUAUAGCAACGGGCUCCUUGCAUUGCGUGGCGUGCACGGACACAGGAGAAGUCUACACUUGGGGCGAUAAUGACGAAGGACAGCUAGGAGAUGGAUCGACCAAUGCCAUCCAGAGACCGCGCUUGGUAACAGCUCUACAAGUAGGUCGACUGUAA